AUGAAUAAGCCGCUGGGUGCGCGCGCGCGCGCCCUCCUCCUCUUGUGUGGAGAGGUUCACUCGAUCACCGUAACCGCGUUCAGUCAAGCCGGCAUGCUCGCUGGAAACGGAUCCACUUCUCUGUCCAACUCAGAAAAUAAUAAAAAAUGUAGAACGUGUGAUUUCACUUGCAUUCAUGAUUGGUUCUGUCUUGAGUGCUAGAUUUGCCCCUCCCUGUGAGACCUGCUAGCGGAGGCUGCAAGGUGGAACUUUUGGGGCUGCUUUCCUCUUGCGUGUCAUGCAAUUUCCUGAGCAACCAUUGAGACAGCACGUUGCUUGCUAUUUAAUUAUCAUGCACAGAGAGGAAUGUGGUUAAUGGAGGACUAAUACCCAAGAUCCAGCAGAGUGAAAGGGAGUGACGAUCAGAAUGAAUGGACAUAUUACGAACCCCCACCCUGGUGUAUAUGGAAGUUACUCUUCGCAAGUAAAUGGAUAUGGGUCACCAACAUUUUCUCAAGGCGACAGGGACCAGAGUGCGAAGACAAGCGCGAAAGCCUUGUAUGAACAGAGGAAGAAUUAUGCACGCGACAGCAUCAGCAGCAUAUCUGAGACGUCACGGUACCAUGUGGAGCACUUGACUACUUUUGUUUUGGAUCGGAAAGAGGCCAUGAUCACAGUUGAUGACGGAAUAAGGAAGCUGAAACUGCUGGAUGCCAAAGGCAAGGUGUGGACUCAAGAUAUGAUUCUCCAAGUGGAUGACAGAGCUGUCAGUCUGGUGGACUUAGAAUCGAAGAAUGAACUGGAGAACUUCCCCCUGAGUACCAUCCAGCACUGCCAGGCUGUGCUGAACAGCUGCAACUACGACUCCAUCCUUGCCUUAGUGUGCAAAGAGCCAUCCCAAAGCAAAGCAGAUCUUCAUCUUUUCCAGUGUGAUAAGAUAAAGGCGAACUUUAUCCAUGAAGACAUUGAGAGUGCAAUCAGUGACAACAAAGGGGGGAAACCAAAGCGAAGACUCGACACACUCAGGAUGAUCUCCAAAGCUGACAGCGCUAUUCCUCCACCACCAAGAGCACCAGCCCCUGUACCCCCAGGUACCGUGACGCAGGUGGAUGUCAGAAGCCGGGUAGCAGCUUGGUCCGCUUGGGCAGCUGAACAAGGAGAUUUUGAGAAAGCACGCCAGUUCCAUGAGCAUGAAGAAACAGCCGAAAUGAUGGCGACCAGGAUCGACAGAGAUGUUCAAAUUCUAAACCACAUUUUGGACGAUAUUGAAUAUUUUGUCACCAAACUUCAAAAAGCAGCAGAAGCAUUCGCAGAACUUUCCAAGAGGAAGAAAACCAAGAAGAAUAAAAAGAAGGGACCUGGAGAGGGUGUCUUAACGCUCCGUGCAAAACCGCCACCUCCAGAUGAAUUUGUGGACUGUUUGCAGAAAUUUAAACAUGGUUUCAACCUUCUGGCUAAAUUAAGGUUGCAUAUCCAGAAUCCCAGUGCACCUGAAUUGAUUCAUUUUCUGUUUACUCCCUUAAAUAUGGUGGUACAAGCAACAGGAGGGCCAGAGCUUGCUGGUACAGUCCUCAGCCCUCUCUUAACAAAAGAUACAAUAGAAUUCUUGCGUUACACUGUCACAAGCGAAGAAGGACAGCUGUGGCUCUCUCUAGGUGACACAUGGACCAAAGCCAGAGCGGAGUGGCCGAAGGAGCAGUUCAUCCCACCCUACGUGCCACGGUUCAGAAAUGGCUGGGAGCCCCCGUUGCUGAACUUCAUGGGAACCCCAAAGGAGCAAGAGCUCAACCAGUUAGCCGAGUCUGUGGCGAACGUGGCUGAGCAGCAGCGGAAGCAAGAGAUGAAGCGGUUGUCCUCUGAGCAUCCCAGUAUCUCAGAUUAUCCUCCGUCUGAAGGGUAUGCAUUCAGUAACACAGCUUACAAAAGAGGGCCUCUGCCGGACCAGGGGGCAGCGGUUGCUGCAUUUAAGCAAACUGUUAGCCGACAUGUAGAUAGGAAUUAUGAAGCACAUAAAACCCCAUCCAAGAAAUAUGCCAAAACCAAGUAUGACUUUGUGGGAAGAAACCAGAGUGAACUUUCUGUCAUGAAAGAUGACAUUUUAGAGAUUCUCGAUGACAGGAAGCAGUGGUGGAAAGUCCAGAAUGCAAGCGGAGUCACAGGAUUUGUGCCAAACAACAUCUUGGAGCCUCUCAGAUCCCAGGAAGGUGGCUCCACCGAACCACCUUACACACACACCAUCCAGAAGCAAAGGACAGACUUUGUUCUGAAGCAGCCUGACCCCGCACCUGCUGCUCCGUCUCCACCCCAGACGCCACUUCCCGUCCCAGUUCCAGUGCCGCUCCCUCCAAGUAUUCCUGCACCUGUCCCAGUUCCUGUGCCAAAGGUACCCGGAGCCAUCAGCCGCCAAAGCAGCACAUCAAGUGACAGCGGGCGAGACAGUCAGAGGCAGAAGCCUCCCCCUGUAGAUCGAAGAAAAUCUCAGAUGGAGGAAGUCCAGGAUGAACUCAUCCACCGGCUCACGAUCGGCCGGAGUGCUGCCCAAAAGAAGUUCCAUGUGCCACGCCCUAAUGUCCCAGUAGUCAACAUCAACUAUGACUCCUCACCGGAAGAUGUGAAAAAUUGGCUGCAAGCAAAAGGAUUCAACCCAGUGACUGUCAACAGCCUUGGGGUUUUGACUGGUGCUCAGCUGUUCUCCCUCAACAAAGAUGAACUGAAGUCUGUAUGCCCCGAAGGGGCUCGCGUAUACAGCCAAAUUACUGUUCAGAAAGCGGCAUUGGAGGCUACCAGUGGAAGUUCAGAACUGCAGGAGAUCAUGAGACGGCGACAGGAGAAACUCAGCGCGGCCGCCACGGACUCGGGAGUGGAGUCCUUUGACGAGAGCAGUAGUCAUUGAAACUCCUUUCAGUUAUUAUUAUUUUUUUUGUUAUUGUUUAAUACUAAAGAGGGAGUGAGCAAUCCUGCUGGCCUUGGCAUUGUUCCAUCUUGCUUUGUUCUAGGAAGCUGUAACGGGGGAGAUGUCUGCUGAAUAACGACUAUUUAUGUAGAUACGACAUGAUGCCAUAAGGAAAGCAUGCAAUGGGGAGGUAAGGAGGGGGGAGCAAUUUCCGUUCCCCCCCUCCCUUGAUUUAAAUGUAUAUUUAAGUGAAAAUUCUCCUGUGGGGGUCCUUCACCAGCCUGUCCAGGGCUGGUUUCUUGAAAACCAAUCAUUUCAUGCUUUUCUUCUUUGUAUUUUUAGUGGGCAGGCAAAAUCCCAUUACUGUUUUGAGUCAUUCGUAGACGCUGAGCCAACCAAGAAAAUGUGUUGAAAUCCUUGGUCCGGUGUCAGCCCAAAGGGCCCUGAUCCAGCCAGGGACUUUAGUGUUCCAUCGACUACAGUGGGAAAGUUAAGCACAUGCUCCUCUCUGCCAUUCAAGUCAGUGAGAUGUCGAAGGACUUGAGACUUCACUGUAGCAAGACCCUUUUUCCCACUAACAUGGCCGCCUUGUCUUUAGAUUCCAUGUUUGAGCACCAGGUUGCCCAAUGGAUCCAAAAGUUCCUGAACACCAAUGGCCAGAGGCUAGGUGUUUUUGAUCUCAGUUGCAGCCCUUUUCUUGCCAUCCUGAUAGUAUCAGGAUGGGCUCCUAAUGGAAGUGGAGAGAACAAAGUAAUUUAUUCUGGAUUUCAGUUUUGUUGCUGUUCUAGCGGGAAUAAGCACAAAUAAAUAAAGACUCCAAUGAAGGAAACAAUAGCACAAAUGUCGAUUUUUUAAAAAAUGGGGGAAAUGGGACCUUCUUUCAGAAUCCAUGCGUUUAUUCACAGUAUUAUUCUUAAAGAGUAUUGCAUUUAAGAAUGCAAAGGGAAGGUAAUGUCAAAAGGGAAGGAAACGUUGGUUUUGCAGUAGCAAACAUGGAAAGUGUUUCUAAUGUUUAAAAGAAAAUUUAAAAGAAUGAAAUUAUCAUUUCCGACGUAAAUAUUUUAAAAUAAGGUCACUAUAAGUAUAGAAAAAUACUAAAAUCAAUGUUGUGGGAUCUUGGAGCCCCAAGGACUUUUAAAAAAACUCUCCAUACAAAGCAUUCUGUUCUGUCACUUGUAUAUAAAGGGCAUCAAAAAUCAUGUCAUUUAGAAGAAAUUAAUCAUCUAGUUUUAUUAAUUUUCAUGGUGCCUUUUUCACAUGAUUCAGCUGAAAGUCUGAAAUAAACAAUAUUUGACGUA